GUCCCCUUUAACUCUGGGGUGACCGUAAAGCGGGUCCGCAGAGGAGGAAGUAUCCGAGCAGCUCUCAGGGACGCGCUGGUUUUUCUCUUCGUUAGGCGGAACAGCUGCCGGUACUGCUGCCAUGGACUCACUGGUGAAGAUGUAUCAAGACUUCAUGAAGGGAGCAGACCCUCGGAUUGCCACAUAUCCACUGAUGGGCACACCCUGGCUUAUGACGGGUAUCUUGCUGAGCUAUGCCUACUUCGUAUUGUCACUGGGUCCACGAAUCAUGGCCAACCGGAAGCCUCUGAACCUCAAGACGUUCAUGAUUGUCUAUAACUUCUCCAUGGUAGCACUGUCUGUCUACAUAGUUUAUGAGUUCCUUAUGGCAGGCUGGUUGACGGGUUACACCGGGAGGUGUGACCCUGUGGACACUUCUCAGGAUCCCAAGGCCCUUCGAAUGGUCCGAGUGGCCUGGAUCUUUGUCUUCUCUAAGUUCAUUGAACUGACAGAUACAGUAAUAUUUAUCCUAAGAAAGAAGAACGAACAAGUGACCUUUCUCCAUGUGUUUCACCACUCAGUGCUGCCCUGGAGCUGGUGGUGGGGUGCUAGCUUUGGACCAGGAGGAAUGGGUUCAUUCCAUGCUAUGGUGAACUCUGUAGUACAUGUGGUAAUGUACUUAUACUAUGGGCUGUCAGCUGCAGGACCUGCCUUCCAAAAGUACCUGUGGUGGAAGAAGCAUAUCACUGCCAUUCAGCUGCUGCAGUUUGUGCUCGUCUCUAUCCAUAUCUCCCAGUACUACUUCAUGUCUACCUGUGACUACCAGUUCCCAAUCUUCAUCCACACCAUCUGGAUUUACGGCGUCAUCUUCUUCAUCCUCUUCUCCAACUUCUGGUACCACUCGUACAUCAAAGGCAAGCGUCUACCCAAAGUCAUGAAGCAGUCUCAGCACAACGGCUUCCAUGAGAAUGGCGUCAUUGCUAAUGGGAAAACCAAAGCCAACUAAAGCCAGUUAAAGGGGGUAGGACCAAUGUGACUCAGACCAACUGGCCCCAUAUCUGGGCCUGCUAGCCAGAUCAAGUGCCUACAGACUGUUGUUUUUGCAGUUCCAAGCCACCUUCCCAACGGCCCCGUACCCCUUGUUGCCUGGCCUUCCGUUGUCCCAAGGAAGAGAGGCUGUUGGUGCUGGAUCCAGCCCAUGGCGUCCAAAGUGCCUGUGCCUGCCCUGGGUUAGGCUGCCUCCAGAGCUGGACCAAAGCAGAGUCCUGUCCCUUUCUGUAACUACCAGUUGGGGCACAUCUUUCCAUUUAGUUCUAGAUAUUCCUUGUGUCCAGGUGGGAAUUUGUGCCUUUACACUCCCUGCUUUUGUGUUGAACCCCAUUCAUUCCAUCCUCUUUUCCACACUGGUGCCCUGCCAUUCAUACUUGAAUGUGAGAGGCCCUGUUGCUCUGGGGUUGACUCUCCAGAGAUAUCUGUUCCUGCUCUGUAUGCAGGUGGGGUGCUACAGGCCAGGGGUUU